AUGACGGAAAUCAGCGAAUUGCCAGAUGCAGCAAAAGACUUCCUUCUCCCGUAUCUCCCGUCUCGAGAUACGAUAUUAGCCGCACCAAACCGACCUCACAUCACCCUAACAUACGCCUGCUCCCUCGACAGCAUGAUCUCGCUCGCUCCAGGAGUCCGCACCACGCUCUCAGGCCCGGAGACGAAAAGCAUGACGCACUACCUCCGACUCAAGCACGACGCGAUCCUAGUCGGAGUCGGCACGGCCAUUGCAGACGACCCCAGCCUCAAUUGCAGGUAUCCGGGUGUGAGUCGAGACACGCAGCCGCGACCCUUUAUUCUUGACCCUAGUGCUCGCUGGAAUGUUGCAGACUCCAAAGUGAGGCGGCUUGCGAGCGAGCGGGAAGGCAAGUCGCCUUCGGUUAUUCAUUCGGAUGCUUUGUUUUCUGAAGAACAAUUGGAUGCAAUGACGUCUGAAGGAGAGUCGGACGUGCCCAACGCGGAGAGGGUUUUUGUGCGUGGUGGGCACUCCACGGACUCCUCUGUUACUGUUCAGCCCCGCCACAUCGACUGGCUGGAUCUCCUAAGAGUUCUCAAACGGAGAGGCGUCAACAGCAUGAUGAUUGAAGGCGGCGCGACGAUCAUCAACGAUUUGCUUCAACAUCCCGACCUCGUCGACAGCGUGAUCAUCACUAUCGCACCUACGUGGCUUGGGCAGGGAGGCGUGACGAUCUCGCCAUCGCCUCAGGUGAAGAACGGCGAACGAGUCAACGCCGCCAACCUGCACCAAACGAGCUGGCGGCAGUUUGGAAGCGACGCGGUGCUUUGUGGACGACUAACACGUUAA